UUUUGAGUCUUGUGCGACUAAAAUACGACACAUUUUAUUACCUUUUAGAUUUUAUUAUUUACUGUAGUCCAGAGAAUAACAACAUAAUAAAGCAUCCUGUCUUCUAAGAUUUAUCUUGUUGGUUAUUGAAGAUGUGUCUGUUGCUGCUUGUGAUAUCCCAUAAUCAUAUGGCUAUACCAAUAAAAUAAAUGGCAUCUCACGGUGCAGUUGAAUGUAAAUAAAUAAAUAAAUGUGUGUAUGUAUGUGUUUUCUUGAACUUAAGAUUCCCAUUUACCAAAGUUUUUGCAGGAAAAAUGAUCAAAUGUAAUGUUUGCAUUAAAGCAGGCUCUGGUAAGUCUACUGCUAAAAAACCAACACCAACACAGCAAUAGUUCACCCUAAAAAAAGAAAAUCUGCUGAAAAUGUCUAUUUAGAUUUUGUGAAAUUACGUGUAGAAAAUCAAUUAUUAAAAGAAAACAACAAAGUAUCUCGAGGUUUAAUUUAAAGAGCUCAUUUAACAGCUCAUACUGAAUUCCUCAGUUGAGUUUGGCGGUUAACGCUUUCUGAAGAGUAAGCAUCUUAAAAAGUAACUUCAUUUCCCCCAGUGUGUCAAAAAUAAAGAGGAAGGAAACAAGAUAAGCAGAAAAUCAGCAACAGUUUCUACAACAGACUGUAAAAACAGCAAAAACCGUCCGAGAACAACAGGAAUGUAAUGUUGAGCAGCUGUCCUUCAUUGUACCCUAAAUGUGAAUUCACACAAAGUGAAGAACAUGAACUCCAGACUCUCAUCGUUGAUUCUGCUGCUGCUCAUUCCAGGGCCUGCAACACUGGACCAGCCCUCUGUGACUUGCAGUCAAAAGAGUAUUUGUGCUGCGAAGGGGUCAGAAGUGACACUGAGCUGCUCUUACGUCAACAUCGAAAUCAAAACUGGGUUCUGGUUCACCGAAAAACAAAGUACAAACUGGAGAAAAAACAACGAACCUGAAGAUUUGACUUUAGACUCAGACUACUCAGGACGGGUGAAGCAGAUGAUCACAAACUACCAUUCAACACUCACAAUAUCAGACGUGAGAGAGAGAGACUCUGGACAGUAUCAGCUCAUGUUCAUCAUGAAGGAUGGAGUUAAACAUCUCAGCUCAGCAGCCGUCAAUCUUACAGUCACAGUCCUGCAGGUGAAGAGGAAUCCUGAAUCUAUAGACAUGACAGAUAAGAGAAUAAAACUGACCUGUGCCUCUUCCUGCACCUCUGGAGUUUCUUAUAACUGGAUGAAGAACGGAAAGGAUUUCGAUACAGGGUCCCGCGUGUCAAUCAGCACAAAUGAUGACAAAUAUUCUUGUUUUAUUAAUCCAGACCGUGAACAUUCAUCCUCUUAUCUGUGUGUUUCUCCGAGCGGCUGCUGGGAUGUGACUUACUCCUCUAGAAGAGUCUGUGCUUUAGUUGGAUCAACAGUAGACAUUUCCUGCUCAUACUCACAUCCCUCUAGUGAUACUGUAAAUAAAACAUUCUGGCAUUACGGUCGGCCUGACGUAAAGGAUCUGCGUGAGGAGCAUCAGUUUGCUGGUCGUGUGGAGUAUGUGGGGAACAAACUGAGAAUCAAAGAGCUCAAGAGCAUCGACUCUGGAGAAUAUCGAUUCAGGUUCAUCACCAAUUCAGAUGAAUACUCAGGAUCACCUGGAGUCACUCUUACUGUUACAGAUACACAAGUGACAAGGAGCCCGUCCACUGUCUCAGGAGGUGAAAAAGUGAUAUUAAACUGUUUAACUAAAUGCACUUUGAACAACAAACAUACUUACAUCUGGUACAAGAACGGACGACAGGUAACAGAUGGAUUCACUAAAGUCAACAAGCUGUACCUGGACUCAGUCAGCGAUGAAGAGCUUCAACAGUAUUCCUGUGCUGUAGGAGACCAAGAGGAGAGCACAGCUCUACGAAACACGGCUGUCAUACUGUGUGUUUUUCUGACUCUUGCUCUCAUAGGAAUCCUGUGGUACAGGAGGAGAAUAUGUAACUUGUCUAAAACUCACAUGAUUGAAAAGGGGGAGGAGGGGGUUCAGUGUGACUCAGUGCACAACAACACUGCACCCUCUGACUUCACGCAAAAAGCAGAUGCCGACAAUCAAGACAUUCUUUAUUCCAGCGUUAGUUUUGAAAAAAAACCUGCAUCUUCAGUCCCAUACUUGGGUGAUGAUACAGAAGCAGAGGCUGUCCAUUAUGCCACUGUAAGGUUCAAAUAAAACACUGUUGCCUCUGGUGAGCUAAUCAUGUUAUUGUAUUUGGUAUGUCAAAAUAGCACAAUUGACCAUUGCCUUUGGCAGCUGAUUUCCUACACUGUGGUUUUCUCAUGUAUCUCUCUAUUUGCGUAAUAAAAUAUUUACAGCACAAAUCAAUAUUUGUUGUCCAUUCA